GUAUAGAACACUAUCUUAUCUUUCUUAUUAGACAAUUUUUAUUUUUUUAUCAACACGGGGGUCAUAGAGGCUAUUACUCCAACAAAGCAAUAAUUUAUUAAUCAUUCAGCUACGUCCCAUGGAACAUUACUAACGGAAAUCAUAAGCAGUGGUGUAAUAAUCGUGUAGUGUAAAUUUAACUCUUGGUGCAUAAAUUAUUAUUAGUUGAACUAAAUUUUAAAAUGAAUGUAUCAACACCUGUAAGUUCGGAUAAAGUGCGGUAUAAAAUAAAAGUUAGCGGUCUCCCUAGAUUUUAUUCGUUAUUGGUAAGUUAUUUUUUUUUCCGUACACGUAUUAAUUCGUUAGAUUGACUAUUUUAUUAGGAUAAUAGGAAAAACAUAGUAUCUUUAAAAUAUAAAGUCAUCAUUAUCCGCAUACAUAACAAAUUACUAUAACGAUUAAAAUAUUAAAUAGUUUUUCUUAUUAUAUAUAUAAACCUAUUAUAGUUGAAUAUAAUUUUGUUAUAGUUUUAAUGAUAAUAUUUUAUUGAUUUUUAUCUAGAAUCGAUGUACCUAUAAUAUAAAAGUAAUUUGAAACCUAUAUUACUCGGUUUCUAUAGAUCAUAUUUGAGUUACUAUAUAGAUUUAAAAUAUACCAAGCAUGUAGAUUAUUAUAAAACUUCGUAAACAUAAAACAUUUUAAAUUCUAUAAAUACCACAUUGCUUCAUAUUAUAAUAAUUCCACACAAACAGAAUUUUAAAAUUGUUUUACACCUAUUUAAUAUAAAUAUCAAAAUCUUAAAACUAAAAAGUAUUUUAUAAUACGUGUAUUAAAUUUGACGAUAAUCGUGACAGUAUUUACUAUACAAGUAGGUACAUACAAAUUGUAUUAUCAAUAGUAGUAGGUCUACCUUACAUUACAUGGUGCAGUUUCAAUUUUUUAAUUGGGAGGAUGGUUGGACAAAUUUAUUGAUUCAUAUGAAUAUUAUUCACACCUCUCCAGAUAAAAGGUAUAUUGGUUUUUACUCCACACAUCCGUCCCCAAUAAAAUAAAAGAUUAUCAUAUUUUCAAACAGCUAAAACAACAAUAUUAAUAAAUUUAAAUUAAUAUUUGUUUUUUAUUUAAAAAAGAAAACAUAGUCCCCUUUUUUGUAAAUUUAUCUAAAAUAUAUUGUGUAGAAAUAUUAUUAGACAUAUCCCUUUCUAAAUGUAUUAAUGAACGAUUUGAAAAUCUGACUUAUGCUUAAAAGAUCUAAGACAUGUUUUAGUUCUUCGCAUUGCGACUGAACUGAACUGGCGGGAACAGUAAACGCCACUUGUUAAAAUGAGUAUAUGCAUUUUGUCAGACAGAUUUAUCCGAUAAUUAUUUUUUCAAAUAUUUUAAACCAACAUCGUUUUAUUUAUAUAAAAAUCCAGUUUUUAUAUCCAACAUUUCGAAUUUAAGCGUUACAACAUCAAUGUUACAUAGUUUCUACAAAAAGGGAAAAUAAAAUAAUAAUCACCAAUAGGCAAUACUAUGAAAUAAGAUUGUAUUGUAAUCCUUAGAUAACUUUAAUCACAAAUGUAAAUAGUUCGUAGCUGAUAACUACAUUAUGAUAAUAUUUAGCAUACAACUGUAUCUCAGGGUCUCAGAUUAUUUCUGUGGCCGCAGUUAGUAUAAGUUUUAUUGAUAAUAAGUUGAAAAAAAAACUUAUCAGUUUUAACAUUUUCAUACAUUAUACGAUUUUAAAUAAUUAUUAAAAAAUUAUUUCAUUUGUUACAAAUCACGUGCCUUUAUAGGUGUGAGGGAUAGGUAUUGGAAAGGAACUAAAUUCUUCUAAACCUUCCAAAUUACGUUAUGGUAAACAUGCAUUAAUGUUAUGGAAAAUUAUUUUUAGGAUCCAUUGCUACAAGAAUUUUUGAAAAUGAUCAACGAAGAUCUAAAACUGAAUUGCAUACAUGCAAGGUACAGUAAAAAAGGAAAUGCGUGGUUGUACCUCACAUUUCCAACCGAAUCUGAACAGGGGAUUGCUUUGAAAUUAUUAAAAAAAUAUAACUGGAAAGGUCGUUCAUUAAUCAGUACGGUUAGUAUACAAUAUAUAUUAGUAGUUUAUUCAUUCGUUGUAUAAGAUUGAAAUCAGAGAGAAAAAUCUACUUUUACGUACCUAAUGUUAUUUUUAUCUUUUUUAUUUAUAUAUGUGGAGCUUUUUUUUGGGGGGGGGGAGGAGGAGAAUAUAUAAAAGUUCUGUGAAAUUUUGGUGAUAUUUUAACUUAACACGGGUAAUAAUUUAUAGCGAGUAUAUAUAUUUUUUAUAUAGAUUAUUUAGUAAAACCUGAUAAAUCGCACCUAGAACAUAAUAUUAUAUAAAUAUAGGUUUAUUACAUUAUAGACAACAAAAUAAUAUGGAACACUAUAAUUUUAAUAAAAUCGAUUUUGGUUAAGUAUAAUAUUAUAUUUUAAGUGAUUACCUACUUAUCUAUUGAAAAAUGUAUCGAUAAUAAAUUUAAUGACUACGAUAUUAACAAAUAUUGCUUUUUAUUCUUUUUAUUUUAGUUUGAUAAAAUACGUAUAUCAUAAUACUCAUAUAUAACCAUAUAUACCAUGUAUACCCAAAUAUCAUUAGGGCGUGGAUAAAAUGGAUAAUAUAAGUUUUACAGUAAAUACAUCAUUUUCUUAAAUGCGGAUUUCUUAAUCCUGAUUAUAAAUACGCAUGUUUCAUAACACCCUGAAUAAAAUAAAACUUUUAGAUUUUGAGUUGACUGUGGAGGGAAGAAGCUUAUGGUUUUAUAAUGAUGUUUAAUUUUUUUUUUUUAUCUGUGAACAACUUUUCUAUCAGAAAUAUUGCUCCGAUUUACAAGUGUAUAGCACUUUUUCUGAAGGGAAAUCUGACUGGGGUGGUACUUUAAGGAAGUCAUUAUUUGAAUAUCUCAGAAGUUUUUUUAAUUUAUUCAAAAACUGGUAAAAACAUUGAAAUAUUUACGAAUGUGUAGUAAAAUAUUGCGGCCUUUUUGUCCUGUGAACAACUUUUCUACCAGCAAUUUUGUUUAGUAUAUUAUACUAGUUAUACGUCCAAAAUAUUUAAUAUUAUAAUUAAAUUUUAUUUCACUACAUUAAAUAUAUUUUGAUCAAUUUAAUACAAAUUUUAGUGGUUUAUGUGUUUCAAAUUUUAAUAUAAAAUCUUAAUUUACUAUUUUGGGUUAGUACUUAGUAGAUUUACCCAUAUCAUAUUUAUCGUUAAAGUACUCACUCAAUAAAUGUUUAAAAUCUUUGUUUUUGGUGAGGGUAUAAAUAUAGGUACUUGAAUUUUAUGUAGUAAAUAUCUUAUAAAUGUUAAAUCUAUUAUUAAACCAAAUAAAGUCCAGUAGGAAUUGUUUUCUGCUUAAUAUAUUACAAGUAAACUUUUCUCUCCGUAAAAUAAAGUAGAUAAUUAUAAAUAUUAUAAUAUUUAUAAAUUAUGAAGUAUAUAAGUAAUAAGUAUAUUAUUUUUGCUUUUAAAUAAUAAUAUUACAAAUCCGUGUUUGUCAAUGUGAAUCACCAGAUGAUUGCCCAACAUCCAAAGCUUUAUAUCGCUUAUCUGCUCCCCUGGGUAUAAUAAUUAAAACCUAACAAAUGUAUACAUUAGUUGGUUACAGCUGACACGCCAAAAAUGAAUAUACAAUUAUCAUAUGAUUUUGAAGGGAAUUAUGUGGCCAAAAAGCCCAAAUUAGACAUACCACUCAGUGAACAGGUUUUGAUGUCUACAAUUCCCUAUCAUAGCAUUGACUACGAAGAACAAGUAAGUAGAAAAUGUAUAAGCAUUUUUUUUUUUUUUUUACUUUGCGAUGAUUCUGUUAAUAACAACUUGCAUGUUGCAUUUUUGAGGCGAACUUGUAUCAAGAGCGAUAUAUAAAUGUCUUUUGAAUCUAUUUUAUCUACCUAUCUAUUUAACGUAUGUAUUACCUUAUUUAAUUUAUUUUGUUUUAAAUAGUUAAGAAAAAAAAGCGAAGAAGCAAGGAUAUUGUUUCAACGGUUUGGGACUAUAAUUCAACGAAAACAACCACCUUUAGCCGAUUGGUGCGCAUUGCGUAAACGACAGUUGAACAGUGAUUUAGCGUUCGAACUCUCACCAAUAAUACCGUCGCAAAAGAUCGACCGAUACCGGAACAAAUGCGAAUGGAGCGUAGGUGAGUAAUAACAAAUUGUCAGUUAUUUAGACGCGUACGGUACUAAGGCGGAAUAGGUACACAAAGCACAAAAAAUAUGGUACCUACCUACUUAAAUUGUUUUGUGCCGGUCUCUAUAACAGACCGACAGAACAUACACUCAAUCAGCCACCCAAACAGAUAGCCCAAAGGAAUGGGUUUUAAUUUUAUAGUAAUACCCAUCGGACUGGGUUUAAAAUGUAUACAGGAAUUAAUCCCGAGAGCGAUUCAGUGGCCGUUGGGCUAAGAGUGAAAGAUUCGAUGGACGGAAUCCACUAUGUCGGCCCACCAGAUUGCCUAAGAAAUUUGCCGAUAUCAAUGAUCACGUUAGCAAAGGUAGUGUAAUAAAUAUUGAACACAUUUUUUUUAUAGAUUUAUUUCAAUAAUCUGAAAUUAUUGAACUAGAUAUUUAUAGACAUAUUAUGUUUCCAUCACUUUCAGCUACUUCGGAAAUGUUCAGAUCCAUCAUCAUUACAAUUAUUUUUGUUAAUAUUUUAAAGGAUAUUUUCUAUUUAUACCAAUUAAACAUAUUUUAUGUUUUAAUGUUUAAUGGCGUUAAAUCUUCUUUUUUAUUUUUUUGCUACUAUGAACUACAAGUAUUAUUAAUGCGUGUUUAUAUUUUUGCACUUAUAUAAUGUACGUUCCGUUAUUUUUAUUAGAAAUUUGAAGAUUUCGUAAAAAAUCACACUGAGGAUUGGAGAAUAUGGCGUAAUAUGAUAAUUCGUAUGAACGAAGACGGAGAAGUCAUGGUUUCGAUAGUUAUUAACCAACAUCAAUCAGAUAUUGAAAAACUAUCUAGUAUUAAAAGUUCAAUAAUUGAAUGGUUUAAAAAUAAUAUAACUGAAAACGUAGUAUCAUUAUAUUUUCAAGUUCAUGGCGAAAAGUGAGUUCAUUUUGUGUAUCUACUUACAUGUAUAAUGCGAAUUAAUUUAGUAGGUACAAUAGAUAUCGUAAAUAUAAAUUAGAUAUCUAUAAAAGAUCAAUAGAAAAAUAAAUCCAUGUUCUUAUAUAAUAUAGAGAUGUUUAGAAGCAUGGUUUAUUAAAAUUUAAAAUGCCCUUUUACACGUGAAUAACAUAUUUUGUAUUUAUAAUAGGGCUUUGAGUGAUUGCAUCGGCACUUCGGUCGAAGCCGAAUUAUUAUGGGGGCAAAAGUACAUUAUAGAAAAAUUAUUAAACUUAUCAUUGGAAAUUUCUCCGGCUACAUAUUUUCGUUUGAACAGUUUAGGCGCCGAAGAAUUAUGUAAAGUAGUUGCUGAUCUUGCCGAUGUAAACGAGAACACUACAGUUUUGGAUUUGUUCUGUGGAUCUGGUUGUUUGGCUCUCACACUGGCAAAGGUGAAAAUAAUUUAUUGUUUUCUGUUUAUGUAUUAAAGUAAUUAAGAGGCCCGGUGUCGGUUUUUCAAAUUGUCUCCCAUUUGAAAAAUUUAAAAAAAUUUAAAAUUUCAAUUACUACCCAUUUAACAAUACCCAUUUAACUCACUCACGAAAAUUAUUUUACAGAAAUAAGAAUAACUCAUUGUUAACAUACAAUUUUUUUUUCCAACUUGCUUUUAAUUGAUAAACAAAAAAUAUUCUACAGUUCGCAUUGAACUUUUGGCAGAAAAAGUUUUUAAAAAACAUGCUAUAGAAUUUGUGAUUAAAAUAUUAAAAAUAGAGUUCAAUGUGACUUGUAAGACGUCUUCAUCUUUCCAACAAAAAAAUCAUUGAAAUCGGACCACUCUACAAGACAUGCCAGUUUUUACCAUAAAGCUUAUUUUUGAACCAAGAAUACACUGUCACCGGCCCCUUAAAUCUACUUUAUUUUGUUAUUUUAGGAAUUUUAAAUAUUUUAAUUUGUUAUGAAAUUCUGUAAAUGUACGCAGGUAUUUUUAAAUUAAUAUAUACCAUUUAAUUUACAUAAAAACUAAAUACUUAUACCAUAUAGAAAUGUAAACAAGUUGUGGGAAUUGAGUUGAUCAAAGCCAAUAUACUAGACGCAAAAAGAAAUGCUGAGAAAAAUGGAAUACAUAAUUGUGAAUUUAUAGCUGCUAGAACCGAAGAUAUUUUGGACUCAGUUCUAGAAAAACUGAAAGGAUGUAAUGUAACUGUGAUAAUGGACCCCCCGUUAACAGGAGUCAGUAAGUGAAUUGAAUAAUAUUGUGGAUUUAAUUUGUUUUAUUGAGAUUUGUGUAAAUAGUAUUAUAUUAAUAACACAUUUAUGUUUUUAAAGGUACUGGAUUGGUCAGGAUUCUUCGUAAAUUUAAAGAAGCUAUGAAUUUAAUAUACGUUUGUUCUAAUCACAAAUUACCUUUAAAGAAUUUGCUGGAUUUUUCUUCCGUUGUUAGAUAUUGGCAAACACCAAUAGAUACUGAUCCAUUUCUUCCGCUUCGUGUGGUCCCUAUUGAUAUGUGUCCUCAUACACUACGAUCAGAGCUGGUUCUUCAUUUCAAAAGGUUUAGUGUAAACGAAAUAUUAUCAACUAAAACCAUAAGAUCAUCAAGGCAUUAUGCGUAUAGGAGAUUUAAAACAAAAUUUAACCCAAGAAUAGCUGAAACGAUUACAUCAACUAGUCAACCAUCUACUUCUGAAGUUGGCGGAUUGUUGAAUUAUCUCAAAAAAAUCGAAGAACGGGCAUAUCAAGAAGGUUUAGCUAAAGGGCUAGAGAGAAAAGCAUUUCAAAUGGGUUAUUCGAGAGGUCUUCAAUGUGCAACUACUACUGAUGAUAAUGAUAAACUAACAAAAAACACUUCCAAUAAUUCUGGUCAGUAGACGUCAGCAGUAGGUUUCACUUUAGAAUAUCUAUAGUUAUCAUCGAUAUCUUAUUGAUAUAUAUAUAUGAACUUUAUUUUUUAAUUUACAAUAUAAUACAACUUUAAGGAUUUCAUAUGAUUUGCUAUAGAAAUCAAUUGUAAAACUCUCCUUUUGACAAUAUUUUAAAAUAGUUAUCGUAAAUAAUUUUUGUUGUUAAUCACUGUAAAACUGAGUUAAAAAUCGGGGGAAAUAAGUUUAUAUAAUAUACUGCAGUUUACGUGCUGUAAGAUUUAAAUUAGUCGUGUCAAUCACAAAUCACACCCUCUACUAAUUCAUUAAAUUUGAAACGUAGGCAGGUAUUUGUUUGUUUCAUUUUUACUAGUCAAUCAAGACUAAUUAUUCACUUAUUUUGAAAAUAUUAAAAUAAUAUAAAAUUAAACAUAAAAUAUAUGUAAUAUAUCGUGUACAUACAGUAUUUUAUAUACUUAUCUAUAUUAAAUUUAACUAUUAGAGUCUAUAUAUCUGUCUAUUAUGCAAAUAUACUGUAUAGUGUAUAAAAUAUUUAUAUUAUAUAUAGGUAUAAAUGUAUGCAUUUUGUAUUUUGUUUGUAAUUAUAUGUAUAACUAAGUUGGCGUAGGUACACUUGUACAGUUUUUAUAAGUUACAAUAAUAUUAUAUUGCAUAUAUUUACUUAUUCUAUAGUAACUAGUAAGUUAAAUAAUUAAUAUUAAACUUUAUCAUACACCUACUAUCAUAUAGAUCUAAUUAAUCUUAUAUUAUAAUAAAAUAUGUUUACUUAAAUUUGUCUUUAUUUUAUAGGUACCUAAUGGGUAUUAGAAAUAAAAAGAAAGUUGUCAAUAAGUAUCUUAUAGUAAAUAAAAUUCGAUAUUAAUAGCAAUUAUACCAACGUAUUUUAUUUAAUAGGACGUUAUAGUCAUUAUAUCCAUAUGUGCUGUUUCCAUCUUACAACGCGCGAUAUAGCAUUUAUUUUCGUUCAACCGUGAUAACUGUGUACUGUUAGUUUUAA